CGAGCCCCUGUGCCUCCUGCGGUCGCGGCACGGACGGCACCCUCGGGCCUCAGGUCCCACCCUCGCCUCCGCCCGCGGCCCCGGGCGGUACCCUCACCGCCGGGCCCACCUCGCCCCCUCGCCUCCGCCCGCACAAACAGCCGACCGCCCCCUGGCCGCGACCCGCGCCCAGACACACACGAGCGCAGCGCACGCAGGCAGAGGAGGGCCGCGCGAGCUCUGCGCGGUGGCCUGUGGUGGGGCGAGGGAAGCGAGGCGAGGCGGGGCGGCCCGGCAGCCGCCUCCUGACUCAGUCGGUGGGAGCUGGAGGUGCGAGCUGACGGUCCGGGUUACCGACCGGGCAGCACGGCGGCCACAGCGGAGGCAAACGGCGGGGGCGGCGACCCCGGGGCCGCGGCGAGGCGGCGCUGGGACCUGCCGGCCGGAAACAUGUGGUUUUCUGGAUCGGUUCGCGGGGUGGUUUCGGUGAUUUGCGCGAAUUGCUUGUGCAAUGGGGAAAGAAGUUGUUGAUAUGUCUACUGAUGAAGAAUCAGAUUGCGUAGUUAUGUGUCCACCUAACAGAAAUGCUGAUCAUGAGGAAGCUGUGAGUGGCAGCCAUGAUGAAGAUUCUUCAGGAAGGCAAGAGAACCCUUAUGCUGUGAACUCACAUAUGAACACCCGUGGCCAGGAAGAUGUGUCUGUAAACCCAGACCUGCUCAAGCUGAUUCAUCAGCAGGAGUCUUCUGUCAGCAAUUCACCAUCAAAACCUGCAGGAGCUAGACAGCAAGGGUCUAGCCAUACUGUCCCUGAGUCAUGCACUAUUGCACCUGAAAGAAGGUCAUCUGGAGCAGGAACUUGUGCUCCAAUUUCUUAUCCCACCAGCAGCGGGGAAAAACUUUCAGAUAUAAGUAGCUCCUCACCAAGAAGCAUGACAAAGAGUCCAUCAGUCACAUGCAGGAAGCCUCUCCAAUCUGACAAUACUUCUCACAGUCAAGAAGAGGACUCAUAUUCUGUCACUUCUUCAACUGUAACUUCAGCGAGAGCUGGAAAAACUAAGAAGACAACGGUUGCUGUUGCACCUACAUUUGUCUGUGAUAAUCGUGCUGAGAAGAGAGGAGAGUUUUACACAAAAUUAGAAGAAAAGCGCAAGGCUUUGGAAGAGGAGAAACUCCAAGCAGAGGCCAGAAAGCAGGAAGAGGAAGAAGAAGCUCUAAGACAACUGAGGAAGAACUUGGUCGUCCGAGCGAAACCCGUGCCGAGCUUCUACCAAGAACCCCCACCAAAGGUUGAACUUAAGAAGGUGCCUCCAACUCGUGCCAAGUCACCAAAGCUGACGCGGAGGAAGAGCUGCAGCGACACGCCUCACACACCAGAGGGAGGAAACGGCGGCGGCGGCGCAGUGUGCUGCCGGCUGCACCGCCACAGCAUCGGGAACUCCAAAGACAUCGGCAGCAAGGCACAAUGCUCUCCAAAGACUGGACCAGCUGCUAAGUCCAGGGCGCCCCCAAAUCCAGGGAAGACCCGAGGGCUUCCAUGAAGAAAGCGGGACAGCAGACAAGCGCCGCCGCUGUACAAACCUGACCCGUGAAGCAUCCAUUGCCAUGCCGUUUUUCAUCUUAAUCCAUAUACCCUCACAUCACCCGGAAAGAUGGCCUCAUGCCCCGGCAACAGACAGCGUGCCUGGUGCUGGAUUGUUUUUUUUUGGGCGUUGCCCUUGUAAGAACCUGGCUGCCUGCCAGAGACCGUGCGCUGUGUCCGUGUCUGUAAAUUUGCUGCAAGUUUUGUAUGGGGUGACCGAGUCGGUCCUGUGUGAGAACCAAACGGCCGGGCAUAUUGUCAUUGCGUGGGGGGCAGCAUUCGCUGAUACUAUGUAAUGUACCUGAGUGAGCUGUAACCUGUUGUGGGCAUAUUGGCAAAGCGAUUCUGAUUGAUGUCGAAAAAAAUUGACCAGGUCAUGCAUGA